ACAACAACGAGAAAUGAAAAACAUUUCGAUUUGUGUUCAAAAACUCAACUGAUACAAUAUACGACAUGGAAGAAAAUGUGGAUUUUGCUGUAGAUGCGGAGUUUGGCAUCGAACCGGGAGGCGUCCAUAAGCGACGGCCCUAUAUCAAAAAGUUUAUGCAGCCCGACUCAGAUGAAGAUGUCCCCGAUUUAUCAAGGCUGUUCAAUGUGCAUGAAUCAUGGCGCACCCUCCUCUCACUGAACAGCUGCCAGAGGGUUAUGGUCACCGCAAGCGUGCAAAAGGCACUGAAAAUUCAGGUGGGUGUCAAUGUGACACAGGAAUUUCCGUGGCGGCAGGUGCAGUUCAAGGAUCUGCGCGAUGUGCUCUUCGAGGAGCUGGAGAAUUCAGCUGAUCUCCUCAAGCUUUUCAAGGGCUUCAAUCCGGAACAUUAUGUGUUAAUUGGCUAUUGUCCCACACUCACCGAAUCGGAGGAGGAACCACCAGAGGGUGAUCCCUUCAUCUUCUACAUUACCAGCAAGGAUACGAAAUUGGCAAUGGGCAUCAUACAGAAUAUGGAGGCUUUCGAGCGCUGGCGCAUGCAGCGACGUCUGCGCAUGAAGCCGCGUCGCUGGGUCAGCAUGGGCACCGAGAACGAGAUGUCCGUAAUGGUGGAGCGAUUCCGCGAGGAGCCCGUCGAUGUAGAGAUCCAGAGUGUCUAUCCCAUACAGCAGCCUCGACACAUUGCCUUUUCCUAUCGCCUGGCUCGCGAUGUGCGCGAUGGCGUUAUCGAGCUACUCCCGAAGGAUGAUGUCAAGUACGAUAAUAUCACCAGGCGUCGAAUCUCUGUCGGCGUCCAGUCCGCUCCAGCCUGCAUUCAGCGGGAGCAGCAGACAAAUCCAACGUUUCCCUCAAAUGCCUGGUCGCAGUAUCUCUACGAAUUAGAUGAUGCAGAUCUCGAGCUGGACGAAUCGGAGGUGGAGGAGGAGGAGGGCGAACAGAAAAGUAGGCCCGGCACACCGGCCAAAGAGGAGCCAAAGCCGAAGCCACCGCACGAGAUGUCCGAGCAAAUGAAGCUGCUGCUGGACACACUCGAUUUCAAUCAGAUCGAUAGCUAUCGCAACGAUUAUCAGUUGAUAUCCAACACACAAAUGGUGCACUACACUAAUCCAUAUCUGCAGGAGUUCAUCUGCUUUGCCAAUAUCUCGAAGAGUGACAAACGCUUUGUGGCCACCACUGCUUGGUAUCCCAAAUUGAGUGGACUUCUUGCUGUCUCAUAUGCUUUCACCACUCCCGUAACCGAAGACCUUGCCACACAUCAGGUCAACGCAGUGCAACGUGCGGUGCUCGAACCGAAUCCCGUCCUGCUCUGGAGUUUCGCUGAUAAUCUCAACUAUAAGCUGGAGUUUGAGGCACCCUUUGAGGUGACAACACUGUCAUUCUGUCCAUUCAAUGGCGACAUUUUGCUUGGCGGCUGCCAGAAUGGUUUGUUAGUGGUCUGGGAUCUGCAGGGUCGCUGUGAGCACCUAGACGAUGAGGAGUAUUUGACGCCGGCGCAGGCCAAGUAUCGAGCAAUAAUCGGUGAGUAUCUCAACUGGACGCUCGAUACCAACGAGGAGGUGGUUGUCGAGCCGGCAAACAUAUCGCCCUUGGAGGAAUCGCCGAACGGCGCCAUCACUGGUAUCUAUUGGCUGGGCAAACAUUUCUAUUUGAAUCAUUUCGGUAAGGUGUUUAAUGAUCCCGAUAAGCGCAGUCGUCACAAGUUUUUCAUCACGUGUUCCUUUGAUGGCACCGUCGCCUUCUGGAAUUUGGAUGGCGAGGCCGCAAAGAUGGAUCGGGACGCCCAGCGCAGUAAAAAUCUGCCCAAAGAGUUGACCCAAAACGAGUCGCCUUACAAGUCCAAAAUAAUGAAGCCCACAUAUAGCAUAUUCUACAAUGAGCCACUAACUGGGAUUGUGGCUGAUUCUUCAGUGUUCACCAUUGAGACACCUGCGCCCAAGGUGAUCAACAACUCACCCUCAAACUAUCCCAUUACGAUGAAGGCCAAGGAUCCGCCCGAAAUGCGACCAUCCCUAAUUCUGUCCACCUAUUACGGCAACAUCAUACGCGUCGAGUGGCAGGGUAUGUAUAGCGAGGCGGGUGCUAGAGAACAAGUAAACAGCUCUGCACAGUUUGCAAUGGUGCAUGAUGGUCCCAUUGUCGCCAUGAGCAAGAAUCCCUUCUACCCGGAAAUAUUUGCAUCGAUUGGACGCACGGUCUUUGCCUUGUGGAAGGAGGACUAUCCAGAUUCGGCCAUUAUCUGGCGAAAGCGUCCGUGCGAUCUGACUGCGGUUGCCUGGAGCGAGUCACGUCCGGCUGUCUUAUAUUUAACGCGAAAGGAUGGCAUUCUCGAAGCUUGGGAUAUUUUGGCUCGCGACGAUGCGCCAGUUUUGACUGAGAUCCUUGGCGGCGGCCUCAUCACAGCUGUCACCGAGCAUCGUCCGUCGCUGCCCAACAAAAUCCUGGGCAUUGGCGACUAUAACAGCAGCAUCCGAAUGGUCAAACUACCGCACACCUUCGACGUGCCACUGGACAACGAGCUGCAAAAACUAACGCAUUAUGUGACGCGACAAAUAACGCGCAAGAUGAGCAUCAAAGCCUGGGAGAAACAGUAUUAUGAAAACAACAAGGACAUCAUUGAGGCGAAACGCGAGGCUGCACAGGAGGCACGCAAGGAAAUGGAACGUUUGGAACGUGAAGAACAAAACACUCGCAAACGCACAUCCGAUUCUGAACAGGAACACACGGACAAGAAGAAGGGACUCGCUGGAGCACCUUACAACGAACGCAUGGCCAAGAAGUUUGACGAACUGAAUCUCAAUCGAAUGAUGACAAUUCUCAUGUCACGCAAGCAAAUGGAUCCAGAGAAGCUGGCACGCGAAACGGCCCUGGAGAAGGAGCGGCUCAGCUAUGAGACGGCCAAAAAGCAGUCGCAUGCCAAGCUACUGGAAACCGUUGAGGACGAUCUGGCAAGCAUUCGGGCACGUCUCCUGCCCGCCGAUGUGCUGGACAAGCAGCGCAGUGAGAUGAUAGCGGAGCGUGUCAAGCGUGCAAUCGAAAUGUCGCCAACCUAUGAGGAAGUGUCAAAAGAGGCAUUCAAAAAGCUAAAAAAUUUUCCCGACCUCAAAUCCCUCGACUAUAUUGAGCUACUCGAACGAGGCAGACAGCGUCGCCAGCUGUUGGAUCAAUCUCUGGGCGGGAAUACGGAACGCUUGCGCUGGUACCAGGACAAGAUGCGCGACAAUCAGCUCUUCGAAUGCGAUUUCGGCGUCGAUCUGCUCUACAGCAGACGCAAGCUGUAUCCGCUGCCCAAAAAAGAACCCAUCACUGACACCACAUCCGUGGUGGAUGUGGAAGUGGAGUAUCUGAAGCCGGAGCGCGAGAGUAUUGAGUAAUUAUUGUAUUUGAAUAUUUAGUUAAUGAAGCUAAGCAAGAACAUCA